AUGGUCGGGUCAUACUCCAAGAAGCGCAAAGUCCAGGAUGGCAUGCAAGGCAAAACCACCCGGCCCAAAAAAUUCCGCAAGCAGCGCGAGUACCACAGCAGUUCCGAAGAUGAGCAGGAGGACGACCAGGGCGACUUUAAGCCCGUCAGUUUGGCCGACUCUGACGACGAAGAUGAGGGAGGUGUCUCAGUUACCAAGAAAACGGUUGUUAAGGCGCCCAAAAAGGAGACUGUGAAGGUCGCUGCGUCAGUCAAGCAAGUGAAGCAAAAACCUGCUGCCGACGACGCUACAAAGGCAGACGCAGACGCAGACGAGGAUGAGGACGAUGAAAUGGAUGAUGACGAAUUUGACGACGAAGAUCUCGCCGCCUCAGCCUCCGACGCUGAAGAUGAGGAGGGCGACUCCGAUGGCGACCAGUCCACGACAGUCGGCAAGCGCCGCACUGUCCCCAAGCGAAAUGAUCCCACGGCCUUCUCUACCUCUAUCUCCAAAAUUCUGUCCACCAAGCUCCCCGCCUCCGCGCGCGCCGAUCCCGUCCUCUCGCGUAGCAGACAGGCCGCGCAAACGAGCAAUGAGUGGGAAAACGAAAAACUCGACAAGGCCGCUCGCGCCAAACUUCGUGCCGAAAAGAAGGAGGAACUGGACCGCGGCCGUGUUCGUGAUGUGAUGGGUAUUGAACGAGGGUUGACAGGACAGGUUGGAGAGGAGGAAAAACGUUUGCGCAAGACAGCCCAGCGUGGUGUGGUUAAGCUGUUCAACGCCGUGCGAGCCGCCCAAGUGCGAGGCGAGGAGGCUGCACGGGAGGAGCGCAAGAAAGGUACCGUUGGCAUGGGCGAACGUGAGAAGGCCGUCAACGAGGUCAGCAAGCAAGGGUUCCUGGAAUUGAUUAACGGCAAAAAGGGCAAGCCAUUGAACAUUGAGGAGGCGUGA